AUGUCGUUCGUCGCCUUCGAGAAGCCCUCUCCCUUCGCUCUAGACGGGCUAGGAGGUCGCCGCCACUGUGGCGGUGCAGCAGCCUUCUCCGCCGGUGCGGCGGCCGUGGAGGUCGCCGGCCCGGAGAGCUGGUUGUCUCCGCCCGAGAAGGCCGCACAGAAGAACGACGGGGAAUUUGACAUCUGGGCAUCCGUCCAGACACCGGCGAAGGCCGCUGCCGGCCUGCCGGCGCCCUAUGUGCAUCCCCUGGUGAGGCUCUCGGCCAACUCCCUCAGCCAGAGGAGCCUGGAGAUGUGCACCGAGAGCCUCGGGUCGGAGACGGGCUCCGACGGGAUGAUCUCCUCCGAGGAUCUGGACGACUAUUUUUCUACGUGGACCAACUCUGUGGACGACGACUUCGUAGAGAAGUCAAACGAAACGGGUGACGUGGAGUCGGAACUCGGCGAUGAAGAAGAGACGGUGGAGUUGCCACCGAGUAGGAGGAAGCCGACGCCGGUGAAUUACCACUGCUCGAGCGGAAGGUCACCGGCUCGUUUCUUCCCUCCUCCUCUGCCCUCCAUCUGCCGUCGCGACGGGCCGUGCCUCAGCAUGAGGCGGCACCGCCUCGACGGCCGCCUCGUGGUCGAGGCCGUCACCGUCCCAUCACAGAACUACCUCCACGCGCAGCGCCACAACGGUCGCCUGCUUCUCACCUUCAUCGACACCGCCACCGAGGACAUCUACCCGGGCAGGCAGCAGCCCGCCGCCGCCCUGGAGCAGCUCCGUUGCCGAGAGGAAGAAGACGCCUACAACGAAGCCGAAGCGGAGGUGGAAGCCAGAGCCCCGGAGGAGACCGAUGAGGAGGAGAUUGUGGUAGAAGAAGAGGACGAGGAAGUGGAGCUGGUGGACAGGGGAAUAGUGGUGGAGGUGAAGGUGAGCAGGCCGCAGUUACCCCAGAGCGGAGGGCUCAAGGUACAGCUCUCCUCCGUCGUGAUCAAUAAGUUCGUGGGCGUGCCGCUGACCGACGAGAACCCCUGGGUCGGGAAGCUCGGCAGGGCGGCGCAGGAAGCUGAGAAGGAGGCGGCCUCUACCACCACCACCGCCACCGCCGUGGUGGCGGCGGCGGCCGCGGCGUCGUCGUCCCUGAGCGCCGACGAGCGUUACUGGCGUAACGGGAAGGGUCCGCUGUCGGCGCUGAGACACCCUUCCCCCGAGAAGCUCCACUUCACAUCCAAGGGGCAGAUGAACAGGGGGGACCUGCUGCACCAGGUCAGGAGGUGCAGCGAACAUCACCGGCCCCUCUUCAUCUGGGAGCCCUGCUGCGUCGCCUCAUCCUAG